CUUUUUUUUUUUAAACCGCGGUUGCGUGUAUUUACGGUGAUGACGCAAACAUGUAAACAAAACGUGGAGGAAAGGGUGCGGAGAAGGUCUCCAAGACCGUAUUUUCACAUUUUCACCCGCAUAUCGUGUUCUGUUCUUGGGGGAUUGAAUUACUACCGUUGCUCACAAAACGGUAAUCACCGACCGUCGUCUUCGUCGGCUCCAAGUAACAUUUUGGCUAACUCCAAAACCUGCUACUGCUUACAUCAUUUCGUGUGAUUUCGGCCAAAAAGCAACUCAUCGAUAGUCGCCGGCGGCAUUGCGCAUGCUACUACUACGAUGGAAACUCUUUUUUGCUUCUUCAGUCGAAUGCACUUUUCAAUGUGUAGCAUACCUGAUUCCGCAGGCUACUACUUCGUAACCUGCUGGGCGGUGCUGUAACCAGGGUGUUCGAUUUGGUUCUAAUCAAUCUACAUUCUGCUGCUCGUUCUUCUCGUAGGCAUUCCCCGCGGCGGCCGGCAGAGAAGAGAUAAAUUAUCGCACACCACCACUAAUCCGCCGAAAAGCAUGGCUUAUCGCAACAAUAACCGUCGCAGUGGUGGUGCGGGUGGAGGUGGACCCGGCGGUGGUAUCGGUGGAAAUGGUAGUGGCAACAACUUCGGCAACAAUUACGGCGGUGGUGGUGGCGGUGGCAACCGCAUCAACCCUUGGGAUGCGGGAUGUGUGGGCGGUGGUCGUGGCAAUAACGAUGCCCUCACCUUUGCCAACAGUUUGAUCAACAAUCUGCUUCGCAAUCAAAACACGAACCAAGUGCCAUCGCUGCUGGACGGUGUGCAAUCAUCUUCGCGAUUUGAUGACAUCAAUGGCUACAACUUCAUUAGGAAUCGAUACGGUGGCAAGAACCGCAAUGGUAAUGGAAGGGGCAUCCGCAAACCGGAUGCCGUCGUUCGCUCGAAGCACGUGCUGGCAAAGAAUGCCCACAAACAACCCAACCACUCAUCGAACCCAGCUGCUUCCGAUAAUGUGAACGCGUACUAUCACGAUCGCGAUCUCCACCGGAGCGGCAAGGGAGCAAAUAAGAAGGGCAACAACAGCCAGGCCAACCAUGUCGGAGGCCCGAAGGACAAAGCCUCGCUCUCGAAGGCUUCACCGUACAUGGAAGUGUCGAAUGAUUUUCUCUACUGUCACAUGUGCGACAAGCACAUGUACGAUGCGACCUCAUUUGAGAACCACAUCACCGGCCGUACGCACCGGGUGAUGAAGGAGAGCAUCGAGGAGAGCUACCGGAUGCGGGCGACGCUGUUACGCCAGGAGGCCCGUAUCGCGGAGCAGUUGAAGACGAUCGAGAUCGACCGGCUGAAGCGUAUGGGCAAGGCAAAGAACUAUUACAAGGUGCGCGAGUACUGCCCGAUGUGCGAGCUGUUUUUCUACGGCCACAUAAUCGCUCACCGGCGCUCAGAGAAGCAUCUGGAUCUUAAGAAGUUCCUGCACCCGAAGUGUGACGACUGCGAGCUGGAGUUCCACAAUCGCACAGAGUACGAUGAUCAUCUGCUCUCGGUCGUGCACAUGAAGAACUGCAAAUCCAAGCCGAGCCGACUUGAUAUCGAACGAAAGGCAAAACAAUUGACUAUUUCAACGAUGAGCGAUGAGUUGCUCGAUAUUCGCGAAGAAACGGCACCUAAGAAAAGAAAAGACAAAGACUCGAGUGGUAAAGAGGCUUCAAAGAAGAUCGAUGAAAGCGGCAAGACUGGCAGCGGUGUUAAGGCAUCGUCCUCGUCGGUCACCAGCAACGAACAGGAUGGUCCAGGGUGCGUCGGUUCCGGUGAGAAUGGUGAGCUGGUAAAGGAUGCCAACGAGGACGGUGGCGAUCACGACAAUGAACACAACAUCCACGAGGACAGUGUCGAUGGCGUUGGUAAGCUGUCAGAGGCGGCUGCCACGAUCGAUGAUUGUAAACUGCUGGCCGAUGAAGACAUCCCGGAGGAUGAGACCGGCAAGGAGGAAGAAAGCGAAGACUGUAUACUCGAUUACAAACCGGGCGAUGAGAUCGCACCCGAGAUCGAUAACAAGCUGCCGCGCUACAAGAAAAACCGGGCGCUCGGCGUCAGUCUGAUCGGCAAACUGGAGUGCGUGGAGUGUUGCAUCUGCCACAAGUACUUCGACAGCGAGGCCACCGGUGAGGUGCACGCUCGUACCCACUCGCACUACCGCGCAUUCAUACGGUUUCUGAACGAGAAGGCGAUGGAGGUGCGCAUCGCCCAGAAGCGUGCCGCUGUAGCGCUCGAGGAGGCGGAAGCAGCCAAGAAGAAGCAAAAGUUGAUCGAUAACGAGAAAAAGGAUAACGCACAGCACGGUGCUGGCUGCGGUACCGAAGAGCAGCAGAAUGGCGAUGGCGGUGCCAUGGCGGUGGAAAAGAAGGACUCUGAGCUGUACGAUCCAUCCGAAGCUACAGAAUCCGGCGACGCCAGCAUGGCGGAGGAUAGCAAAAGUGAGGACGGACAGAAUGGGCCGGAACCGCUGGAACCGAUGGAAACAGAAGUCGGUGCUGCCGCAGACGACGCGGACCAGGCAAACCACGGGAGCAACGAGGAUGACGAGGAAUCGGGCAAGGAAGACGACGAUGACGAUGACGACGACGAAUCGCGUGAAAAGGGUGACAAAGGCAACACCAAAGACGGUAGCCAGAGGCGUGGUAAUCGCAACACACGAUCCGGUCGCUAUGCGAGCCGGAACUAGAUGGCGGAAUACCCCGAGUUCGCCGAGCCAUAAGUGCAAUAGUUGUUAGUGAAUAUUUCAGAUAACCCUGUCUGAAGUCCGAUCGAAUGGUAGUGGGAGAUCUGAUCAACACGUGCGCCCUUUGGGUAUGGAAUGGAACAUUUUUGUUCUCUUCAAACACACACACACACACACACACACAACAAACCGGAAACACACGUAUUAGCGAAAGGGAAAAAGGGAGAGGUUAUGGUAUUAUGGUUAUAUUGGAUUGCGAUAGUUGGUAUGAAAUGAGAUGCUGCAACGUGUUUAAAGAAGGAUUAAUGUUGGAAGAUGAUAUGAUGAUCGCUCGCACGUUUGGUUUUUCAACCUUUAUGUGACUAUGUCAACCCGUGUGUAAUGGGAGCCCUAUUGAAAAUAGCAUUAAUCAGCAGCAGCGUCAACUGGCUUUACAUGUUAGCAGCAAAACUAAAUCGUUUGUACGGUUGCGAAUUUCGUGGAAGGCAUUUCAUCAGAGAGUGCACGAAUUGAUCGCUCUCACCGCUUUCUAGGAUUUAGUAGGCAGCCCUAUUCCAUGGCAACAAACAAGUGUAGAUCCCCGAAACGGAUCCCCCUUGAAUUCGAAUGGGGUAGUGGGCUCGUGCAUCCCUCCACCCCCCCUUGUGCGCAUCACAUAGAGAAAGAAAAGAGGCCAACCAUUUGGCCAAUCAGUGUUUAUUACUCCCGUCAACCUAUAAGCAGCCACACCUUUAGAAUGAAUGCUUUCAGAGCCGUUAAGACUUGUAGCCCGCGAUACCAACAGAAAUGGACAGUGGACAGAUGUAGAGGUUGCGGUAUUCGUGCGUUAAUACUCAUGUGUAGGAAACAGUAAUUGUGAUUGUGUCAUUUUCUGGAAGUAACUGUGCAGUUACUCACUAGUCGUUGCAAUGUAAUUUGCGCGUGAUACUAACCACACAUACUCCCUCGUGAAGACUCCCUAACACUUCGCAGCAAUGCUCUAAGUAUUUGAUAUAUUCUCUCACUCACAGUUUCUCCCUCUAUUUCUCUUUCGAAAAGCAAAGCAUAUUAAGAAACAAGAAAAAAGGCAAUUUGUAUUGUAACCACACUGACGGCAACGUACGGUCACCAUAAGUGUGCAUACUAGAUGUAUCCCAAAUGAUAGCUGAAGCCAGCGUAGCGACAGCCACAAACCUAUGCCGGUGCCCUUUAGUCGUGCGAGCCUCGGGUCAGUCAGCAGCCAGUUUCAACUAACUUUUGUAAAGCAUUCACUACAUUCAUAGCAUAAAUAAUCCUAAAUAUAAACGUUUUAAUUUCUCUCCAAACCACAUCGCUGACGCACGGCGCAAACAUUUGUAGCCCAAUAUUGCAUUAUUAUGUCUCUGCAUGCUGCAUGAGGACAGUCUACUAACGUUCAGAGCAGGGAAUCGAAAACGAAAUCCGCAACAAUGUGGGAAUCAGUCAAGCGGCUGAGUAAAGAUUUUGUAAUCGUUAAGGCUAGAAAGGGCGUUAUUCUGGUAAAGGUGGAGCCACCAAACAUUCAUUCUGGCACAAACUCUAUUGAAAUUUAAAUAAUUAUGCUUCUAAUUGUGUAGUCAGACAACCAGCCAUAUGUAUAACACUCGCAUAGCAGCGAGUCGAUCAACUAUGCGAAUGCCUUUACGUGAUCUUUGCUUGGUGAUUCUCUCUGGUCACUACCACUCUCCCCUCCAUCUCCGCUAUUCUAUGUUACUCGCCGCCUCGUGUAGUGAAGAAGCCCCUUGAAAUAUGCUCCUCCUUGCUCUCUGUUACACCGUAAUGCACCGAAUCGGUACAAAGUCAGUUCAGGUGAAAAUGGCAGAUGCCACUACCCCUACCCGAUCACCGAUGCACGCAAAACAUUGAAUACACUAAUAAAACCCACAACAAACAGCAUGAAUCGUAAUAGACGAUUGAAGACAGCUAACCGACAAACACUUCACUACGCGAUUGAAAGGUAUCGCUACAAGGACAAGGUACAUCAGCAGGCAGACUCCAGUUCCGGUUCCGGUGUAUAGCGAUUGAUUCGUAGAAAGAGAUGCAGAGUGUUAUUGUAAUCAAAAAGAGAAACAGAGAGAGAGAGAGAAAGAGCAAGAGAAAAAAACACAGCUGAAAUGCUUCUGAUUAGAUGCAUGAAAUAUGAGGCAGCGUGCGAGACAACGUGAAGAGAUACAGAGAGAGAUAUCGAGAAAACGGACAUGGUAAUUUAGCGACAAGGUAAGAGACAGAGAUGGGGUACCUUCUGAAAUUCAGAAGCCACAAACAACGUUCGAAACGUGAAAUCGUAUUGUUACGAGUUCCUCUAGGAUACUUGUACGAUAUCGUACGAGCUUGAUGAAACCAUAAUCGAAGAACGGAAAGAUUUGUAAACUUGCGAGAUGAUCGAUGAAUUACAGGAUGAGUGAGAAACUUUGCGAAACUUAAUAUACCAAAAUAGCGAAGGACACAAUAGAACACAUACACAACUACAUAGACACAAACACACCCGGCUACACCGAGGCGUUAGUAUAUGAAAAGGAUACCAUAAAACGCGGGACGGUGUUACCCUAUGCUAAGCUCAUGCGAUACAUACAAUUGCGCCAUCGAAAGCGUGCGCGUGCGAGCCAAGGAACGGUGGAGGAUUGGGUGAAAUGGAAAACAAUAGUUGGAAAUUAUCUAAAGAAAAGUAAAAAUAUGGUGAAGAGAAUGUAUCCAGUUGGGAUUCACGAACUACGAAGUGGAAUAAAACAAAAAAAGUGCAAACAACACACGA